GAACUGAUGCGGCGAUUCAUUUACUCACUACGUUUACUUACAAGACGAGGAAAAAACUUUUGAAAAGCGUGUAUUCACCUUCGUACUGAAUGAUAAUAAGUAGAACUCGACUGCGGCCCAUUUCCAUUAUUUCAUUUUACCGAGCAUAGCGCAAACUUCAUUUAGAAAAGAUGACGACAUCCUACCCACAGCACUCCCCUAAAAGUAGGAGUAGUUCUACUUGUACAUCACUCCCAGAAGAAGUUGUACAAAAAACCGCCUUCUACGUGGAAACCGAGCGCUGCAGCCCCGAGGAGAUGGCGCUUCUGAAGCCUCACUUUCUCGCCGAUCUGAGGCUUUCCCAGGCCCCAAUCCACCAAACGCUUGAGCAGCUCCUGACCGACGACAGGAACCGGCUCAAAUUCCUAUGCCACCGGAUCCUCCCGCCCAAACCCUUCACUUUCCUGAAACGGCAGAAAUUCGUCGUGAUGAUUCGCGGGAACAACGACUUUGAGCUCAAAAAGCUGGGGGAGAGGUAUGGCUUUCCCAGGGGAUUCCCGCUGGUGUGGACGCCAGGAGGAUCCACGCCGCGGGCUUUCAAAGCCGAACAAGAUGAACAAGAUCAUUCUUUGGAUGAAGUGAAAACGCCUCAAUCUUCCAGAAAGUCCUCGCCAUCUUCGAAAAAGCAGAAGAAAAAGGACAAGCAGCUUGUCAUGAAAAAUGAUAAGCUCCAAAAAUCCACGUCUGUCGCGUCGCAAGUACUGCUAGAAGCACCUGGUGCUGACGACAAGGCGAGCGGCAUUCCUUCGUCCGUGGGCGAAGUCGUCUCGUAUGGUUUCUAUCCGAAAUUCGAUAAUGACACGGCGCUGCCGAAGAUCAAACUGGAAGACUACGCGAACGCAGAGAAGUUAUCUUUCUUCCGCAAAUGGAGUGGCUUCUUAUCCAUGGUGGUGGCGUUUGACUUGGAGGUAGUACAAGUGUCCAGCGACAGUACGACUCAUCAAAGAGCAGACAAAGGUCGUUUGCUCACAUCAACGUCUU